GGCGGGGGCCAAGCAGGCUCCGCGGUGGCGACGCGCUCCGGGAGCGUGGCUAGCGGCGGCGGCGCCCGGCGACCGGCCGCGGGGAACCUGCCGCGGCCCAGUGCGCACAGGGGCGGGGAGCGCGAGCCGGGCGCAGCCGCGAGAGGAGGGCCGGCGUCCGGGCGGAGGGGGCCGAUGAUACAUUAUUAACGAGUUGCCGCCUCAUAAGCUCAAAGCGGCUCGUCAGCAGCGCGAAUUGCGCGCGGGGAGGGGGUCCCGGGCCGGAGCGCAGCGCACACGCGUGUCGCACGGCGGGCGGCGCCGCGCCGAGGGCACCCGGGCCCGCGCAUAGAGCCGGGGCGCGCCCGGGGGCGGUGCAGACCCCGGGCGCGGGCGGCCCGCGGCGCCCCCUCAACAGCCGCGCUCCGGGCCAGCGCGGCUCCGGGAGAGCGGGGCGCGUGCGGAGGAGGGGGAGCGGCCCCCGCUCUCCAUCCCCCUCCCCCCCGGGCGGGCGGGCGGGCCGGCGGCCGGGGGGAGGGCGGGCGGCGCGGCUGGCUGUAUAUAUCUCCGCGCACCCCGCCAGGUCGCGCACAGCGCCCCGAGCCCAGGCGCCUCCCCGCCCCCCUCCCCGCGCUCCGCGGCGGCGGCGGCGGCAGCAGGAGCAGCAAUAUGGCUGUUGAUGGGUGUUCGGGGUGGCGCUGGCGGCGGGUGGAGCUCCCCCGAGCCCCUGCGCCCGCUGCCCGUUGCUAGCUAUGGCAAAUGGUGGUGGCGGCGGCGGCGGCAGCAGCAGCGGCGGCGACGGCGGCGGCGGCGGCGGAGGCAGCAGUCUUAGAAUGAGUAGCAAUAUCCACGCGAACCAUCUCAGCCUAGACGCGUCCUCCUCCUCCUCCUCUUCCUCCUCCUCUUCUUCGUCCUCGGUCCACGAGCCCAAGAUGGAUGCGCUCAUCAUCCCGGUGACCAUGGAGGUGCCGUGCGACAGCCGGGGCCAGCGCAUGUGGUGGGCUUUCCUGGCCUCCUCCAUGGUGACUUUCUUCGGGGGCCUCUUCAUCAUCCUGCUCUGGCGGACGCUCAAGUACCUGUGGACCGUUUGCUGCCACUGCGGGGGCAAGACGAAGGAGGCCCAGAAGAUUAACAAUGGCUCCAGCCAGGCUGAUGGCACUCUCAAGCCAGUGGACGAGAAAGAGGAGGUAGUGGCAGCCGAGGUCGGCUGGAUGACCUCCGUGAAGGACUGGGCGGGGGUGAUGAUCUCUGCCCAGACACUGACCGGCCGAGUUCUGGUUGUCUUAGUUUUUGCUCUCAGCAUUGGUGCACUUGUAAUAUACUUCAUAGAUUCGUCAAACCCCAUAGAAUCCUGCCAGAAUUUCUACAAAGAUUUCACAUUACAGAUCGACAUGGCUUUCAACGUGUUCUUCCUUCUCUACUUUGGCUUGCGGUUUAUUGCAGCCAACGACAAGCUGUGGUUCUGGCUGGAAGUGAACUCUGUGGUGGAUUUCUUCACGGUCCCCCCGGUGUUUGUGUCUGUGUACUUAAACAGAAGUUGGCUUGGUUUGAGAUUUUUACGAGCUCUCAGACUGAUCCAGUUUUCAGAAAUUUUGCAGUUUCUGAAUAUCCUUAAGACAAGUAAUUCCAUCAAGCUGGUGAAUCUGCUCUCCAUAUUUAUCAGCACGUGGCUCACCGCAGCCGGGUUCAUCCAUUUGGUGGAGAAUUCAGGGGACCCAUGGGAAAAUUUCCAAAACAACCAGGCGCUUACGUACUGGGAAUGUGUCUACUUGCUCAUGGUCACCAUGUCCACUGUUGGCUACGGGGAUGUUUAUGCGAAAACCACGCUCGGGCGCCUCUUCAUGGUCUUCUUCAUCCUCGGGGGACUGGCCAUGUUUGCCAGCUACGUCCCUGAAAUCAUAGAGUUAAUAGGAAACCGCAAGAAAUACGGGGGCUCCUAUAGUGCGGUUAGUGGAAGAAAGCACAUUGUGGUCUGUGGACACAUCACUCUGGAGAGUGUCUCCAAUUUCCUGAAGGACUUCCUGCACAAGGACCGGGACGAUGUCAACGUGGAGAUCGUCUUUCUUCACAACAUUUCCCCCAACCUGGAGCUGGAAGCUCUAUUCAAACGACAUUUUACUCAGGUGGAAUUUUAUCAGGGUUCAGUCCUCAAUCCACAUGAUCUUGCGAGAGUCAAGAUAGAGUCAGCAGAUGCGUGCCUCAUCCUUGCCAAUAAGUACUGCGCAGACCCCGACGCUGAAGAUGCCUCCAACAUCAUGAGAGUCAUCUCCAUAAAGAACUACCACCCGAAGAUAAGAAUCAUCACUCAGAUGCUGCAGUAUCACAACAAGGCCCAUCUGCUAAACAUCCCGAGCUGGAACUGGAAAGAGGGUGAUGAUGCAAUCUGCCUCGCAGAGCUGAAGCUGGGGUUCAUAGCCCAGAGCUGCCUGGCCCAGGGCCUCUCCACCAUGCUCGCCAACCUCUUCUCCAUGAGGUCAUUCAUAAAGAUUGAGGAAGACACGUGGCAGAAAUACUACUUGGAAGGAGUCUCCAAUGAAAUGUACACAGAGUAUCUCUCCAGUGCCUUCGUGGGUCUGUCCUUCCCUACUGUUUGUGAGCUGUGUUUUGUGAAGCUCAAGCUCCUCAUGAUAGCCAUUGAAUACAAGUCCGCCAACCGAGAGAGCCGUAUAUUAAUUAAUCCUGGAAACCAUCUUAAGAUCCAAGAAGGUACUUUAGGAUUUUUCAUCGCAAGUGAUGCCAAAGAAGUUAAAAGGGCAUUUUUUUACUGCAAGGCCUGUCAUGAUGACAUCACAGAUCCCAAAAGAAUAAAAAAAUGCGGCUGCAAACGGCCCAAGAUGUCCAUCUACAAGAGAAUGAGACGGGCAUGUUGUUUUGAUUGCGGACGUUCUGAGCGUGACUGCUCAUGCAUGUCAGGCCGUGUGCGUGGUAACGUGGACACCCUUGAGCGAGCCUUCCCACUUUCUUCUGUCUCUGUUAAUGAUUGCUCCACCAGUAUCCGUGCCUUUGAAGAUGAGCAGCCCUCGACGCUGUCACCCAAAAAAAAGCAGCGGAAUGGAGGCAUGCGGAACUCCCCCGGCUCCUCGCCCAAGCUGAUGAGGCAUGACCCCUUGUUAAUUCCCGGCAAUGAUCAGAUUGACAACAUGGACUCCAACGUGAAGAAGUACGACUCCACUGGGAUGUUUCACUGGUGCGCAGCCAAGGAGAUAGAGAAAGUCAUCCUGACUCGAAGUGAAGCCGCCAUGACUGUCCUGAGUGGCCACGUGGUGGUCUGCAUCUUCGGCGAUGUCAGCUCAGCCCUGAUUGGCCUCCGGAACCUGGUGAUGCCACUCCGCGCCAGCAACUUUCAUUACCAUGAGCUCAAGCACAUCGUGUUCGUGGGCUCCAUUGAGUACCUCAAGCGGGAAUGGGAGACGCUUCACAACUUCCCCAAAGUGUCCAUUUUGCCUGGUACGCCAUUAAGUCGGGCUGAUUUAAGGGCCGUCAACAUCAACCUCUGUGACAUGUGCGUUAUCCUGUCAGCCAAUCAGAAUAAUAUUGAUGAUACUUCGCUGCAGGACAAGGAAUGCAUCUUGGCGUCACUCAACAUCAAAUCUAUGCAGUUUGAUGACAGCAUCGGGGUCUUGCAGGCGAAUUCCCAAGGGUUCACACCUCCAGGAAUGGACAGAACCUCGCCAGACAACAGCCCAGUGCACGGGAUGUUGCGUCAGCCGUCCAUCACAACUGGGGUCAACAUCCCCAUCAUCACUGAACUAGCUAAACCUGGCAAGUUGCCUUUGGUAUCAGUCAAUCAGGAAAAAAACAGUGGGACGCACAUUCUAAUGAUAACUGAACUGGUGAACGAUACUAAUGUUCAAUUUCUGGACCAAGACGAUGACGAUGACCCCGACACAGAGCUGUACCUCACGCAGCCGUUUGCCUGUGGGACAGCAUUUGCCGUCAGCGUCCUGGACUCUCUCAUGAGUGCGACAUACUUCAAUGACAAUAUCCUUACCCUGAUCCGGACCCUGGUGACAGGAGGAGCCACGCCGGAGCUCGAGGCUCUGAUUGCGGAGGAGAAUGCGCUUCGAGGGGGCUACAGCACCCCCCAGACGCUGGCCAACAGGGACCGCUGCCGCGUGGCCCAGCUAGCGCUGCUGGACGGGCCCUUUGCGGACUUGGGGGAUGGCGGUUGUUAUGGUGAUCUGUUCUGCAAAGCUCUGAAAACGUAUAAUAUGCUUUGUUUUGGAAUUUACCGGCUGAGAGAUGCUCACCUCAGCACCCCCAGCCAGUGCACGAAGAGGUAUGUCAUCACCAACCCCCCGUACGAGUUUGAGCUCGUGCCGACGGACCUGAUCUUCUGCUUAAUGCAGUUUGACCACAACGCCGGCCAGUCCCGGGCCAGCCUCUCCCAUUCCUCCCACUCGUCCCAAUCCUCCAGCAAGAAGAGCUCCUCCGUUCACUCCAUCCCAUCCACGGCAAACCGACCGAACCGACCCAAGUCCCGGGAGUCCCGAGACAAACAGAAUGCAACAAGGAUGAAUAGAAUGGGCCAAGCAGAAAAGAAAUGGUUUACAGAUGAACCGGAUAAUGCCUAUCCCAGAAACAUUCAAAUCAAGCCCAUGAGUACCCACAUGGCUAACCAGAUCAACCAAUAUAAAUCCACAAGCAGCUUGAUUCCACCAAUCAGAGAAGUUGAAGAUGAAUGUUGACUCCCAGGAGACCAGAACUAUUUUUUUAAAGCCUGACAAACUUCAUAAAUGGUGAUGUGACUUUUCUUCCUCUUACACACUGAAUCACUGGUGGAAACCUUAGGAUAAGUGAGAUUUGCAAGAAAGAUAAAGUAGACAGAUCUUUCUCUUUGUUUGCCUUGAAUAUUGCUUCCAUGUAUUUUGGAGAAGAAAAUGAUUUCAUUUGUAAAUGAAUAUACUAAAAUAGUCAUGUAUAGCCUCUAGCAUUUUAAAUUAUUUUUAUUUAUUAGAAAGAAAAUAUAUUUUUUUCUUUUUUUUUUCAUUGUCAAAUAUCUUCCCUAGAUCUACACAAUGCAAAAUCAAAAUGAAUAUGUGGCCAGACUCCUUAAUGCAUAUUUCUCUUCUUUCUCUCUUUUACUUUGGGGAGAAUGAUGGUCACCACCACAAUUAAUUAUAACGAAAGGAAAUGGAUUAUUUAAAAAAAAAAACUUUCAAUGGUUCAAUGAUGUAAACAUGUAUUUUAGUAAAUUCAAAAAAAAGAAGACGAAAGAGGGAAGGAUGGGUGUGUAUUUUGGCUGCUCUGACACCAGCUCUUAAUAAAUGGAGACAUUUAUUUUCACAGUUGAAAGUCAUAUUUUUGUAGUUUUAGUUUUCAUUCUGUAUUUCUUAUCCCUUCGUUCAUAUACUUAAAGGGAAGACCUCGCAGCUUUUCUACAAUUGCCAGGUCAGGUUCAGCCAGCCACUGACAGCACCCGGAGAGGGGUGAGCACGCUGGGACGUGGACACUGAGGGCCAGAUGCACAGGAGACGUGGCUCUGCCUGUUGUCCUAGUGGUGGGGACUCCUAAGCUGUUAUGCUUCUCACUUCAUAGCUCUGAACCACCCUCAGAAGUGAUUUCAACCAUGAAAGGGUCUGGGGGGCUGUCCCCACUCCCCAUGUCUCAGAGAUUUUACCCUGAAAGUUUGUAAACACUAAUGAAUCCUUUUGUGUAACAAUAGGAUGUGAUACUACAUUCAUUCUUUUCACUGAAUUUUGUGUUUUAAAGCCAGAUAUUUUCUAUAAUCAAGGAGAUGACUUUUGCCAGAUUUUAGCUCUUCGGGCUUUCUUUCAGUCGCUGGGACAAAACCCACAAACUUGCUACAGCAAUGUAAAAAUUAAUAACAAAAGGAAAGCAACAAAUGAACUUAAAACAGACUGUUAGGAAAGGCCUUUGAAAUUUACCAGCAAUGAAAUCAAAUGUAUCAGCCACUUCAAACUGUGGUCAAAAUUCGUUCUAGCCACCAGACACAGUUCCCACGUCUCAGAGCCCUGCUGUGGCUUGCAUGCCCAGUGUACAGUGGUCCCGGCAGCUGUUAUAUUUCAAACGAUUGAGCAAGUCUUUUAAUUACAGGAUUAUCCAUUUUUGAUACAGUCAGCAGGGUCUCUGGAGAAGCAUGGAUGUGACAGUAAUUUUUAUUUCCUUAAAAAUGUAAACUGUGGACACUUGAAGAAACCAAACUUACCAAAAUAUCCCCCAAAGUCCCAUAAUAUUCCAUUAAUUCUUUAGGCCAUGACCCUGUGGUACCUAGUACGUUAGUGCAAAUCAGAUCAGAGGCAAGCCAUGCAAUCACCAUGGAAACAUAUGCCCACUAAGUCCUCCAAUUACAACGUAGGCAAAAUGAGCUUCCGCCUCUGUCCACUCCCUGCGGAGCCAACGUCCUCGUGCUUGUCGGCGCCGUCCUGAAGUGACUUGUCAGACUGUGUCGUCACAUUCUGUAGCAUUAGCUCUAUAAAAGUAUUGUGAAUAUAAUGUAUGUCCAAUUGGGUUGUUUAAAAACUACUUAUAACCAAUCGCUAGCCUCCUCAGCAGACUACAAUGACGUCAGCAGUCUCCAUUCAGGCUUCUAGGCAUCUCCUGGUUUCCACUGUGGGGCGGGUCUCUGGCUGGGUUUUGACAGCUUUCCUGGGAGCCGGGCCUACUUUUACAUAUGAUUUUGCAUUGGGCUCUCCUUAGCACAUGCACACCAAGCCACGCUCUUCUUUCCUUCAUGAACCCCGGUGGACUCUUCCCCACUCGUGUUCCUGACAGUCAUUUCUGAAUUUGUCCUGUUUGGUCUCCUUCCAGGGGGUGAUGGUGGCCACCUCAAUGACCUUAGAGGAACUUAGGCCACUGAGUCCCUUGUCCGCUGCCCUCUCCUCCUCUGGCCACACCAGUCAGUCUGAAAGCAGUAAACGCCCAGCCCAUCAUUGCUGGAGACUGGAAUCUGAAUUUUUUUUUCUUUUUUAGUAAAAAGCUAAGAUGGUCUUCUACAGCAAAGGAUAACACCCCCCCCCCCCUCCACAACCACUAAUUAUUGGGAAUCCAUUUUCUUCUAAGGUGGAGCAGGAAGCUCAUGCUGUUUGCCUUUGUAAUAAUGAAUUGGCCAGAAAAUAAAAGCAGGCGUGUAUUUAAGAAGGUUGCAAAAUGAUUGGUUGGUUGCUCCUUAGACAAAACCUGCUUCCUGGUAGGCUGGCAGUGAGAUGAAAACAGAAGCAAGACUGUAAGGUCACUCAAGGACUCCUAGAAGGCCAGAGCUUCCGGGUUUGUUUCUGUUCGUUCAACUCUCUGGCCCUGAGGGCGUGCUCAUUCCACCCACCAGAACAAACUCAUCUUUCUGGAUAAAUUCAGUACAGAGCGAUGAUGGUCAUCAUUGGUACAGUCAGUGUCAUAGGCUCUGUCUGAUCUGCCAGCCGAGGUUGAGGUUCAGAAACGCUGUUUUACCAAACUACAGAUUCUUGGAUGCUUUGGGAAUCAAAGACUCACCAACAGGCUAUUAAAAAACAGAAAGCACCUACUUAUUAAGGCAUUGUCACUGUCAUCAUCUUUCUUUCUAAGAAUGCUUUCACUUCGGCCUGAGAAAUUUUAUAUUUUAAAACAUCACCUUGAACCAAUAUAAAACAUCUUAAAUAAAAGUGAUUGUGACUAAGGCAUGUUGGGGGAACACUCAGACCUCUUUCCUUCGAAAGGUUGGGACAUCUAAUGAUGUACUUUGUACAAAUGUAAUUGAAGGCUUGAAAUUAACUGGGAAUUCAAGCUGUUUGUUUAGGAGUGGAAGGGGGGGGGAGUGAAAAAACAUAAGAAAAUUGGGCACAUUUUCAUGUGAAAAGGUGAGAGUCCAACUUUCCUACUAAUGGUUUAAUUGGGGAUUCUAGAGCUACACCUGCAAAUACCUAGCUAUGUGCUAUGAAAAUGUCCUUUAAUUCUCUGAGUCUCAGUGACAUCUCCGUAAAUGAGAGUGAUUUGUCUCGAUGACUCUAAUAUUCCUUUCAGAGCUGAGGGAACAGGGUCCGAGUCAGGAGUGGGAGCGUGGGAGCAUGGGACCCAGCCUUUGGGGACAACUUGCCCUGGGCUGUCAGGAUGGCCCUCCUUGCUGCCUCUCCCAGGUGGUACUCCUGAGGGCAGUGUGCACUUCCUGCUCUGGGCACAUAGCCGUUAGUUUCAUUCUUUAACUUUGGAGUCUCUUUAGGCUCAAAAUACAAAUUUCAAAAGUCAAAUCCUCGUGGACCACAUUGGUUAGAUGUUUCUGUGUAUUCCUAGGGUUUUCUUUGCAAUCUCCUUCCUGCCUGUUUUAUUUCUUGCCUCAAGGUUCAGUUUUGGUCAAUCCCCCCACCUCUAACUCGUAUCUCCAAUUUCCAAUAUGUAGUUAGAGGCUCAUGAAUAUUGGAUUUCUGACGUUUUCUUCAUUUUUUAUUUCUACAUGGGUAUCUGGGUUUUAGGAAGUAAUCAGUCUUCCCACUUUAUUCCAUAUUCUCUGUUUAUUUGAUUUUUUCUUCCAUUAGUACACUAGCUAUCUCUUUACUACUUGCAUUAAUAUGUCUAGUUUCGAUAUAUCAUGCUUCAUUUUGAAAGAGAACCCCAGUAAAAAAAAGAAAAAAAAGAAAAAACAAGAAAGGAAGGUGUAAAAGGAGGAAGAGAUUAGAAAGAGAGAGAAAACAAAAAGAAUACCAAACCAAUUGACUGAGAUGUUAACCACCUUACUCAUAAGAGUUGAAAUCCAUUCAACUUGGAUGUGGAGUUCCAGUGCAGAAUCUGCUCCCUUUCUCUUCUGAGUUAUAUUCUGUUCUUAGUUGCUGCCUUUGCAGCGGUGGUAAAAUCACCAAUCACCAUAGUUCACCAAAGGGCCUUUAGUAUUUAGGGUUUGACUCAUCCUCUUUUAAAAACAGAAGGGACUGAGAAUUCACUUACAACUCACCUGGUAAAUUACCUUUGUGCCCCUUUUUCACUUGGCCCAUGUUCCUGAAGGGCAUUUUUUUUUCUAUUUAGGACAGAUGACUUAACAUUUAGAUCCCAUGUUAAUUUGAGGAGGUGAGGUAGCCCUUUGGGUUUAUUUAUGAGAGAGUAAUCAUUAGAAAUGAUUUCUAGCUGAUUUGUAUUGGAGUGGCCAUAUUGGUUGUUUAAGCGAAGUCUGUUUUGAUUGGUAGUUCCCCUUGCCGAACCCAUUGUUAAUAUUUUAAAAAUUGCCAUACAACAAUUCAAAGAAGACUUUAAUCUUAUUUCCCAAGCAACUGCAGAGCCUAAUUUGCCAUUCCUAUGGUAAGCUUGCUUGGAACAUGUACAGAGAGAAAGCAGACCAUGUGCCUGAAGCAGCAGCCCUUUGUCCCUACAACAGUCAAAGGCUCCCUGAUAUCAUAGCCUCACAUGGUUAGACUGAGAGGCAAUUUUCAGUUAGACUAUCUGUACCAGACCCUCCUUUUUUGCCUUGUUUUUUUAGCAAGAAAAUUGGCCUGAUACUUCCAUAGCUAGAGAUAGGCCACACUCAAGACAUUCAUCACGGAGCUAGGAAGAAAGAACAAAAACAAAAAGGUAUAAACAGCCUUUUAAAGGGCCAGCCAAGAGCACGUGUGUCAUGGCAAGAGAUAGCACUUUGAGUUGAAAGGAGGGCGAGGUUGCAUUGACCUAUGUGGGAUGAGAAGAUACAGAGGAAUAUACUGUUUGAUGGCAUUGGGAGGUAUUUCAAUAGGCGAUAAGUGACUUGAGGAAUGUGGAGUGUGUUUUCCAGGGAGAGGGGGUCUUAAUGGACCAUAGCUCAUUGAUAAGAAUGUGAUUUCAAUAUAUAGACAAUUUUUACUACAGUGACAAGUUCACAUAGGGGAGCUGAGGGAAACUAGGAUGAGAUCUCCUGGAAGGGACGAGAGAAUAAACAGUUUUAAGGGGCAAGCGAAGAUAUUGAGACUUGGUUUAAAAAGUCAUGGGAAGCCACUAAAAGUUCUAAACAGAGAGCGAUAAGCACUAGUGCCUUUGUGUUGUCAGGUAGGAAAUUCUGAGAUGUCAGUUCUUCCUGGAAGUCAUCAUGAGAGUGUGCCCAGGGCUGAACCUGUUCUCAGUGGCGUUGAGUUCUCAGGGUGCGCGCGCCAAGUCAAAUCUUAACAUUUUGAAGCUCCUAUCUUCCUCCAAUAUGUGUUAGGCAUCCUGAUAGAGAAAGCAGCUUAGCUGGAGUUGUAGGACCUCAUGUGUGGGCUGGGGGUCGGGACAAUGACUAUAGUUCUAGAAGAGGUUCUUUGUGAAAGGAACACUGGAUUUGGAUCUCAAGGGAAGAACCAUAUGGAGGAGUGAAGAAAUGUUGGAUUCGCCCAAAGAGGAAGAAGAUGAGAGCUAUAAAUAAGAGAAGGUCUUAUAGGCAUAAGGAGUGAGGAGCUGAGGAGAGGAUUAGGGAAGGAUUGGCAUGUCGGGUCCACAGCAGUGUUGGUAAAGUAGGGGCAAUGGCUGAGUUCUCCAAAAGAGGAAAUAUGAAAAAUCAACUGGCAGGAGACUGUUAGGGGGCCACACCCAUGAUUUUAGAAGCUAAAAGGAAUAACAUAAGUAGACACUCCUGGGAUAAGGGAUCUAGGGUACUGGAGACUCAGGAAAUGGGAAACGUGAGAGGGAAACUUUCAGAUAGAGAGGGAGAGUCAUCAAUAUGAUUGGAGAUGAAGGGUAUUGAAGAUGGUGAUCCAGUAGUAGAAGGACUCACUUGACAAGGCCAGGAAACUUGUUUGGUUGUCUUUAUCCCCAGAACAUUCAUGAGGCCUGGCUCAGGGUAGGCAGUCAGCCCCUAUGUGUAGCUUUGGGCUCCAUGGGCAGUACAAGUCGGAUGCUCUUCUAGGUCACUGGCAUUCUUCCUGGAGAAGAAGUCAAAAGAGAGGGAUCUCGAGGUGGGCCUCUUCUUUCACUUCCCUGUUCAUAUCACCCCAUUGUUUCUCCCCCCCCCCCCCCGGAAACGCUGGUUUCAGGGCAGCUUUGGUGUCAGGGUUCUUAAACGCAUUACUCACUUUGCUUUGGUGGCCUUUCUUCACAGGCAGCAUGAACAAAGAGUUUCUUUCUGACCCGGUGAAACUGACCUUAAUUUCUAAGUAGAUUUUUAAAAAUUUAAGUUUCCUUUGGUCUAUUUAGCCCCUUGAGGAUGUCUGUGUUUCUUCUCCUCCACCUCGCUUUUCUGCAUAGCAGGGAUGAAAGUGUCACCAAAGCUCUUCAGUGUGUCUGCCUCAGGAAGCAGUUCUGGGCCCACUGCUCAGGAUCUUAGCAGUGCAGACGUGGCCCCGGCCCGGGCCUGCCAGAGGCAACCAGAACUGUCCUCAUGUGGGACUCAGGCUCAGUGUGAGAAGGCGGCCAGCAAGUAAGGGAGCCCCACCAGCAAGGUGAUGGCCCCUCACUUCCACCCUGAUCCCCUGGCGGCCCCAGGGAGGCCUGCUCCCCUCCCCUCUGAUGGCUGAGUACAAGCUGAGACACGUUUGACGAGAACUGCAAUAUUUCAAAUAUAAACCGAGAUCUGCCUGAAAAUCCUAAUUAAAAAUGUCCCACUUCGAGGCAGCAGGAUCAUCAUCCCUGCCGAAAACUUCUGGCCCCUUGGCCACCACUUCACACCCACAGUAAAGAAAUUCCCCACUUCACACCCAAACCUGCACUCAACAUUUCUUCAGGGGACUAAGGGAAAACGGUACGCUUACCCCGAGGUCAGCCGGCAUGUUCAUUAAGGAAAAGGAGCGUGGCUUAUUCAUUGUGUUUCAAACUUUCGCUGGUUGGCAUUAUGGUUGUGAUGAUAAAGUAACGGCUGUGAUGGAGCGGGAACGGGGGGACGGAUGAAUGCUGGUGCUCUGAAAUGAUCUACCCAACCGUCAUCUGUAACAACCAGUGAUCACUCUCUUGUCUUGUAAAAAGGGUUUGUACAUAACUUGUACAUGGUUUCAUUUUGUAUUUUUCGCAGAUUAAAAAUUUAUGUAUUUGUGUUCUAAAA